AUGAAUUAAUUGGUAUCAAUUGAUUCAACGUUGUAAGCCAAUUUAGAACGACUAAGUUAUUUGAUGGCCCAGAAGAAGGAGAAGAAACCUGACUUCAGAGAUCAAUUCAAAACUCAAACAAACUCUAAGAAAAUAUUCGUUAAUUUGAGAGCUUUUGUCAAGCAACCACAACCUCCCUCUCCUCCAUCUUAGAACUAGUAUAAAGAACACAAAAUUCCUUCAUAAACAAUUACUACUUAGACGCAGACUCCAAAAACACCCACUUAUAGACAAUAGUUCAUAAGACAGUAGUCAUUAGCCUAACUAGAACCUUGUUUCAGGAGACAAGAAAUAUCUGCCAGUAAUAUAAUGAGUGAAAGGACGGAUGUUAAGGCAAGUUAUAAGAAUUGGGUGGGCUUAUCAGUAAUAGAAAGAAAUGAACUAUUUCUUAAGAAGAAGUAACAAAAAUUACAGAAGAUGAGAGUCGAUAAAGAUGAAUAGGAGCUCAGCAAAUGUACAUUCUCUCCUCAUUUCUAUAAUCCAAUCAGCAUCGAGAGGCCAUCCUCAUGUUGUUAGAAUAAAUCUUAUCAAGAUAUUCAUAAGUAACGAAAGAAUCAAAAUGAGAAAUUAUAUUGA